AUGGCAUCGAUAACAACAAAGCCCGCUCUUGUUACAUUGAGACAAGUGCUGUCUGAAUUACGGAAGCAAGGUUCCACAAAAAAACUAACUGAAAACCAAAUGGCUAGAUAUGUUUUAAGUCAAUAUAGAAAGCAUCAGACCACUGAUCAGCAGCUCUGCAAAGCGGCAGAUGAGAUGCACUACAAGGCUAAAACAUAUUUUGAAUACUUACACUUUACUCGAAAAUAUAAGGAAAUAAAUUCUGAAUUCAAAGGAAAAGGAGAGAGGAGCGUUGAAGAAACAGCUAGAAUGGUUGGUUUUAAACUACCACAUGAUCCAAAGUAAAACAAUUUAAUCAGUUUGGAAACUUUUUAUUAGCUUUUAUAUAUACAAAAUAAAUGUCAUUAAACAACAUUCAACUUGUUAUUAAUAAAUCUUAUUACAAAAAUAUAACAGUUUAGAUAUUA